CAGAGAAAAAUUCAGACAUUCCUAAUUUUAGUUGAUUUUUUUUUUAAAGAAGAAAAAGGAAAAAGAAGAAGCGAGUUUGCCUCUGACCACCAGCUUUGUGUUUUGCCUUAAAGAUCACAUUGGCUAGGGUUCUUUCGUGCAAUCCAUUCAUGAAAAAUCCUGGAUUCUAGCCAAUUUCUGUGAUUAAUUUUGUAUCUUUUACUUUUCCCCUUAUCAUCACCUUGCUUGACAUUAUCUUCUCCGGAAGGUUUCAAAACAGGAAAUUUGGUCCUGGUAAGUUCCAGAUUCGUCUUCUUGGUUUCUCAAUUGAAUUGAGCUCUGCGUUUGUGGGUUUGUGUUCGAUCAAAUCAUUCAGGAUUCGGAUUGAUCGUUCCUUCCUUCAAUUCUCCCAUAUCGACAUCGUUCGUGAAAAAAAUCGUAGUAAUUGCAGUGAUGCAUCGGGAGAUAUGAUCACCUCCAUCUCUGAUUAUUACUUGUUUCGAUAUUAUACUUAAAAAGAAUGUUACCUGUGAGAGAAGGGCUUCAGAAACAGGUUAAGAUUCUGAUUGGAUUAGGGAAUUUAGGGUUUGGGGGUUAUAGAGGGAUCCACUCUAGAUUUACUAACCCUAACGGAUUUCUCGAACCUGCGAGCUCUGAUUUGUUGGUGGUUAACGAAAGGAGGAACCUUUCCGUCGUUGGUGCCGUCUCUCGAACUUUCUCGGUUCCUUCAGUAUCUGGUCCAGCGUUUCAGGUUUGUGGGUAUCACAUUGAUCUUUUGGUUUCGGAUCCGGUGAAGAAGGCUCCGUGUGAAUCAAUGGCGAGUUUUGGUUCCAAAUCCUUGUUUGUGGAUCGCCAUUUUGAUCCUCUGGUUUCAAAGCGUUACGCUGGUGUGAUAUAUGGAGACGGUGGUGGAAGAAUCAGUAUGAGACUCAGAGGAGGAAGAGAUCACCGGGAAAAUUCCACGGUCUAUGGGUAUUUUGCUUAUAGAGCUGCGAAGAAAUGGAUCUCCUUGAAUACCCAAAACAAAGGAUAUGGAUUUAGAGGCUUGCAUAGCUCGCUCUUUAACCGGUUUUCAGCUGGAAAUGCUCCUGAUGUCUCCUUCGAUAACUCUGCCACUGAGGAACAGGUUAAGGAUCCUUCGGAUUCUGUAGCUGCUAAGCUAUGUAUUAAGCCAUUGAAGCUUGUCUCUGGUUCGUGUUACCUUCCGCAUCCUGAUAAAGAAGAGACUGGAGGAGAAGAUGCUCACUUCAUCUGUGCAGAGGAGCAAGCGUUGGGUGUUGCAGAUGGUGUGGGAGGCUGGGCAGAGCUCGGUAUCGAUGCAGGGUAUUACUCUCGUGAGCUUAUGUCUAACUCAGUGCAUGCAAUCCAAGACGAGCCUAAAGGAUCGAUUGAUCCAGCAAGAGUAUUGGAGAAAGCUCAUACUUGCACAAAGUCACAAGGGUCUUCAACGGCUUGCAUCAUAGCCUUAACGGACCAGGGGCUUCAAUCGAUCAACUUAGGAGAUAGCGGGUUCAUGGUGGUCCGUGAAGGGCAUACGGUUUUCCGAUCACCGGUUCAACAGCAUGACUUCAACUUCACGUAUCAGCUGGAGAGUGGGAGUAACGGCGAUUUGCCAAGCUCAGGUCAGGUUUUCACGGUUGCUGUUGCUCCUGGAGACGUGAUAAUAGCUGGAACGGACGGAUUGUUCGACAACUUGUACAACAACGAGAUCACAGCCAUAGUGGUUCACGCGGUGAGAGGUGGUAUUGAUCCUCAGGUGACGGCGCAGAAGAUUGCAGCUUUGGCGCGGCAAAGAGCACAGGACAAAAACAGACAAACUCCGUUCUCGACAGCAGCACAAGAUGCUGGUUUCAGAUACUAUGGAGGUAAGCUUGAUGACAUUACUGUUGUUGUCUCUUAUGUGGCGGCUUCAAAAGAAGAAGGUAAACAUUGAUGCAGAGAGACAAACUACAGAUGUGUGAUGUGUUAGAGUUUUUUUUUUAAAGGUUUGUGUUUCGCAGAGACCUCUCUUGUUUUGAUUUGUGGCUUGUGAGCGAUACUCCUCUGAUUAUAUUUGAUUUUUUUUGUAUAUGUAUAUAAAAGAGAAAGAAGUUUGGAGUUA